AUGCAUUCUUCACUUCAAAGACUCGCUAUUCUUCUUCUGGUUUUGCCACGUCACGCAAAAUCAUAUGAUGUACCUCCGGUAGAUGCCUACUUUCGCCGAAUGGGACAUAGCAUCGUGGUCAUUGGUGACUAUCUUUAUGUUCAAGGCGGCGAAAUCUCAUGGGACGCGGGCAAUGGAACAGCUAUUGGGCAAUUUUCGGACAUAUAUGCAAACCGAGUAAACAAAACUUUAUCAUUGCCAAUCGCAGAGUCUUGGAACAAUGCCACAGUCCAGUGGAUUGAAACGGAUAGUGUUGUUUCUGCGCCAUCCCUCAGGCUUCCAGCAUUGUGGCCUCAGGGCGACUCAUUCUUUACCUGGGGUGGCUCGAAGCGUUUUGGAUUGCCUGUUGAGGACAGUCUGCUUUGGCAGUUCACAACCGAUGGAGCCGGAGGAGGAAAUUGGACAAGUUCCCAACCUGCUAAUAUGGAGACUUUCAGCAGCAUCCGUCGUACCACUGCCGCUGCUCGAGCUAGCUGUCGUGGCGUAGGACUCUAUCUCGGUGGCUACGCAGCCCCACAAACAGACGUUGCCUUCAACGAUGACACAAAAGCUUUUCCAGUACCAGGGCUUCUGACCUAUGACAUGGAGACGGCUACCUGGAGCAACAAAACCUCGAAGCCCGGCUUAAACAACUAUGGAACAUCUGUGUAUGGGGCAGCUACUUGUCUGGAAGACUACGGCAACAAGGGCGUGUUCAUCACAAUUGGAGGCCAAAUGGAGACCGAUCUCUCGGCAUACAGCGAUAACGGACUGACCCUGUUCGAAACAAGUACAUUAUCCCUGUAUGAUGUUGACGCUGACCAAUGGCUCAAACAAAAAGUCUCCGGAGAGGCACCGGAACAAAGAGAUCGAACCUGCCUCAGCACUGCUCAUGGUCAAAACGGUUCAUUAGACAUCUACAUGUACGGCGGCAUUCAAAAAGGAGGUACUGACCAGGUCAACAAAGUGUUUGACGACAUAUGGAUACUCUCCAUUCCAGCCUUUACGUGGUUCAAGCUCAAUGUUACCGGCACUCAACGCUCUUGGCACGAUUGUGUGAUUAUCGGAAGCCAGCUGGUCUCCGUGGGGGGUUUGGGAGCGGGCGUUCGUUUUAACGAGUCUGUCCAGUUCAACGACCGUGAUGAAUGGCGCCAAGGUCUCGGGGUGCUGGAUCUCGCCUCCAUGACCUGGGCGGAUGGUUUCAACGCAAACUCGACGGCAUAUGAAUCACCACAAGUGGUAAAGGACUGGUACCGUGAUAAUGACUUUAGAAACAACAAUUGGACAAGUGACGACGUCAAACAACUAUUCACAAACUCCGCCAAAUCAACGAAUUCCACCAACACGACUGAUCCAAUUGACGCAGGGACUGUUGCAUCCGAGGCGGAUGGCCAGAAAAUUUCCAUCGGUAGCAUCGUUGGUGGUGUAAUUGGAGGUGUCGUGGCCUUGGUGGCGAUCCUUGGUACUGGCUUCUGGUAUAUGCGACGGCGAAAAAGUAAGAACAGCAAAGCUUCCACCGCCAUUGAUACACCAAAUGAAGGAAAGAAAGAGGACCCAUUGCGUUACUGGGCAGAGACGCACACACAGCAGUGGUAUUAUGCAGAGCUCAAUGGUCGCCCUGGACUAUUUCAGCUGCCGAGUGAAGGCAGUGAGAGGCCUGCCGAGCUUGGUCCCCAUGCCGAGGGCCAUAUCCCAAUCGAACGCAGGAGGGGAAUCUCUGAGCUGUCUGGCAGUAGUCCGGAAAUGAAGGGAUGA